AUGGCUCCCCAGACCAAGAAGGUGCAGAAGCAGACGAAGAAGUUCGUCAUCAACGCUUCGCAGCCCGCCAACGACAAGAUCUUUGACGUCUCGGCCUUUGAGAAGUUCCUCCAGGACCGCAUCAAGGUCGAGGGCCGCACCAACAACCUGGGCGACAACGUCCAGAUCUCCCAGAAGGGCGACGGCAAGAUCGAGAUCAUUGCCCACAAUGACCUCUCCGGUCGCUACCUCAAGUACUUGACCAAGAAGUUCCUCAAGAAGCAGCAGCUUCGUGACUGGCUCCGCGUCGUCUCCACCUCGCGCGGUGUCUACGAGCUCAAGUUCUACAACGUCGUCAACGACGCCGACGAGGAGGACGACGAGUAA